UCAGAGAGUGAGUGGUAACCAGAGAGUGUGGUUGUCUAGUGUUCCUUUGAAUGUGACUGCUUUGUAUUACAACAGGAAUACAAUUUAAAAAGUUGAAACACCCACAGAAAUCAGUUGAUGUGACAGUCCCGAAAUCUUAGAAAUAAUUACAUUCAGAUCAUACAAUCUUUUGUGGUGUUAACAUUCAACCAGAAAAAAAUCCUGUCUGGGAAUUGGCUACGAUCAGUUUCCGAUCGCCGACUCUCGCCAGUGCAGUUUUCAAGAAGAGAGCACAAGAGGCGGAAUGGCGCGGAAACUCCAAAAGUUUAUUAUACUCUUCGACAACCCGAAUCUUCUGUAUUUCCCUGGGCACUUCAUCUCUGGAAGGGUCAUCGUCGAACUGGAAGAAGACACUUCUGUUUUGGGUGUGUACUUCCAUGUGGUAGGCGAAGGCGUGGUGAGGGUCUCCGACCGGCGCCAGCAGGUCUUCUCCGAUAAAGAAAACUACAUUGAUUUCCGUAUGCGCCUGCUCGGGGAACCAGACGAACGCUACCCUUUGGAGCCCCAAGACGAGUCAGAUUCCCGUGGUCAAGGACCCAUUUUAUUGUCGCCCGGAAUCCACAGUUUCCCCUUCAAAUUGGGAUUGCCCCUGGGCCUGCCGUCGACGUUCUUAGGGAAACACGGAUGGGUUCAGUAUUACUGCAAGGCAGCCCUCAGGGAACCCAACGGGCUCACCCACAAGAACCAGCAGGUCUUCAUUGUGAUGAGCCCCAUCGAUUUGAACCUCGAACCUUCCAUACUUGCGCAACCAUUCCAUUGCGAAAUCGAACAUAAAUUUGGAAUGACCUGCUGCUCUCAAGGCCCAGUCAACUGCCGAGUACGUUUGGACAGAGGGGGUUACGUUCCAGGGGAGACCAUCAGUAUUUGGGCGAGAGUUCACAACCAAAGCAAAGUCACCAUCAAGCGCACUCGAGCUUGUUUAACAGAGACAAUCCAAUACAUCUCCAAGAACAAAGUGGUCCAAGCAGAGAUACGCGAGUUGUCUUCAGUUAGUCGAGGGAAAAUCAAACCUAUGGAGACGGACGACUGGAAAUACGAACAGUUGUACGUUCCGCCGUUGCCGCCGACGAAUUUAAGGGGAUGUCACCUCAUCAGAAUACAAUACGACGUUUUCUUCAUCAUCGAGCCCAACAACCUAGAGAAAGAAGCCAAGCUGCAACUUCCAAUCAUGAUGGCCACAUACCCAUACCGAAAUGGAGACGGGACCCUCAAGAAAAAGAAGGGUGCCCAGUACCCAACAAACCUUCCAAUAUUUAGACCCUGGCUUGAGCAGAAGGCCUUUGAAUGAAGACAAUAACUACUCUGCCAUGAGUGGAGUUUAUUUAACUUUAACUAAAUCAGUUUUACUUGUCAAUACUUUUUUUUAUCUCUGAACUAUAGUGUGUCCUGACGUGAAGCAUUAUUUGUUGGCUGUCGGGUGGCCAUUGCAUUUCAUCACUGCUCGCUGUUCGUGAAAUUCGGAAUCUCAAGAGGAGAUGCCUUGUGACAACCUUGUUAUUUGUUUGGUAAUAAAGUCGCGUUACAUAUCAUGAAGGAUCCAACUAGGUGCAACGCUUUUGUUUGCAGGCGAGGAGAUGGAGCAUUAGUCUCCUCUGUAUGAUUGCUCGAAGUAUUGUAAGUGAAGUAGAGAUUUUUCAGGAUAUUCAUUUAUUUCAAUUUACAGAUUAUCUCAGUCUAGUUUAUGGGUGGCACUCAAUUAACUUCUCUGUUACAUAAUGUACAAUUACCUACUAGAUUUGAUAUAUGGUUGCUAUGUGUAAUGCGGGCUAUAAUUUUUUUCAAAUUUUUACCAUAUUACUCAACAUGAAACCUAGUGUUUUAUAUAGUCUUGAAAACUUGAAUACUUGGCUGCUACAAAUGCAUGUGUGCAAUGGUCCCCAGUCAUUUCAACAGAAGUGAUGGUCUUCACUUGAAAUCAGUCGCAGUUGGUGGAAAUUCUGGUCAUUUGAUCAUUCGAUUUAUUUAAUGCUUGGGUAAUCAGCACUUACUUCGGCAUCCAAGAGCCAGACUUCAAGGAGUUUUGGUAAAAUGCCAUACUUUGUCCCGAAAUGCCUUUGGUGCUCCUGUUGUGAUGUCUGUCAAAUAUGCAGAGAUAUUUAUGGUUUAGCGCAUAUAUGAUUGCACACCUGAAAUCCCUUUCACCCCCAUGUUCGCGAGUAAGGGAACGUGGGUGCAAGUACUUACACACACACACACAAACACACACACACUCACACACACUUUGCACUCGUUUCCAUUCCAUCUGGUCAUGUGAAAGCACUUUUAUUAUCAGUGACCCUCAGACUCGACUUCAUCCUCCUCUUGACCUGAUCUCCGUGUAGUCAACUCCUGUUGGAGAAAAUUGCAUCGGUUUGGUGAUAGAAGUUUUACGGCUGUUUUUUUUUUCUUCUCAGUGUUUAGUAGGAUGAAGCCUGCAGUGAGGUAGGGCUUUAGGACUGCACUUCGCUAAGAAGAUUUAGCGCAACAUUGCAUGAUUUUAACCAAUAGAAAUAGUACUAUCUCAGUGCAAGACUGUAUAGGAAGGUAAUCAGUUAGAGGACCCCAACAGACACGUGUCUUGAAGAAGUACAGGUAACCAACUGAUGGCGAUUCACUCGAUUUACUCUGCCUGUCUUGGCACUUUUGCUUCAAGUCAUUUAGUAUAUUUUCAGUUUAAUAUUAAGGUCUUUUCACUCAUUUUCUUGUGAAGACAUUACUAAUAGUAUUAAGGAUGUGUGUAUAUAGAUAUAUGUAUAUUUUUGUCGGUGUAACUUAAGACGUUCAGUGUCACAAAUACUUAGUCUAUCUCUUGCAGCUAGCAGACUUAAGAUUGUAUUUUUUUAUUGUUUGUAAGGAUGAAUUGAACUGCAUCUUUUCCUAAUUGCUUUAUUGAUUAUUGUGGAAUGCGUUUGAUAUCUAAUGUAACGCAGAUUUAUAGUGAGACCACACUUUUGUUAAAGCCCCUAGGCUCUGCGUUGCUUCGAACUUGCAAUAACAUUCGACAUAGAGGAAAUUACUGAUUACAUAUGAGUCAUAUCAAACACUUCACUGAUGAUUGUACCUUAGGAAUAAUCAGUUUAUUGAUUUUUUGAAGUUAUUUUCUUAAGACUCAACUAAUAUAUACUUUAUAUUAGGUCACAACCACAUUGCGUGUCUGACCAAUGUUGUACAAAAGUCUUGGUCCUUUUAAUAUAAGCUAUCAAUUAUAUUUUGUGUUCCGAAUUUCCAAUAAUAGAAAGUUCAUAAGGGUAGAGAUUAUUUGGAAUGCAUUCCAAAUAAUCCAUUGACUGAAUUCCAUGGACGGACGAUUAAAUCUAACAGUACAUAUUUUUAAAAUAAAAUUAUUGCUGAAAUGAACCUCAUGACAGUCCAUGUACAUCAGAUUGUUGUGAUUAACAAAUAAUAAUAUUCAUUUAUUCAUUGAAAAUUUUUAAUAUAUAUGCAAUCAUUUGGUGACAUUUUCCAAGUUAUUAUUUCAUUCAAGACUGCUGGUAACACUUUUGUAAAUACUCUAAGAUAACAAAAAUGUCUUAUGUAUCAGAUUGGUGCAUUUCAGAGAUGAUGUAAGCAAAAUCUUAUGGUUUUUUCCCCCUUUAUUUUAAUUAACGGAUCCUUUACUAAAGAGCAGUUUUUUGUGAUGUAUAAUUCCAUUCUUCCAAAAGAUAGGUGUGAAUUUAUAGGCCUGAGGUAACAAUAAUCCAAUCAGCAUCUGUAAGUGCCAUAAUGUCUUAUUGGAAUCUAUAAUUGUCGGAGUAUAAUAUCCCCCUUUAAUGACCGCCUGGUUCUUCUAAUAUCUUCCUUACAUUUGUUCCAAAGGUCUCCAUCCAGUUUCCACCUAACAAGAUUUUGUUGAGUGUGCAUGUAGUUAAAUUCCUUUAAGGACUAUUUGACCAUAAGAACUCUACUACAUUCGGUGGUACCUUAACUAAGUCGAUCACUCCUGACCACUUGGAGAGGUAUUAGGUACAUCAUCAAGUCAUUUCAAGGUGUAUAAUAAAUAAGCAUUGAGAUACUGUUACAGUUUUGUCGCUCUAAAGCGGUAGUCCUCAUUUAUGUACGUUUUGUUAUUGCUGUAACGUUUCUAAUAAAACUUAAAUCUCGUAUUAAAAU